GUUUAUUAACUGUAACAUUCCGAUACCGACGAACGUUUAUUAUUGAAUUUCUCGCCCAACAUCAUCGCGAUUUACGUCGUUAGGUGUAAUUAUCAUUCUCCGAUUGCCGAUUAAAUUGACCCGAGCUUUUUUCGGAUACGACAGACUUGGACCUGAGGAGUGUCUAUUAUUUCUGUGGGCGAUGGCACCCAACGGAUUGCAAAACCGUACGCGACAAGACAAGCUCGCGGGCAUCAAGAUUUACCUACCGCCAUCUGUCUCCGACGCGGGCAACCGCAGCAUCGAGAGACAUCUGCCGAGGUAUUUGGAAAACGAAUUUCCCAGCUCAACAGAGAACGCAACCGUUUACCCAAUACCUUGUCAGUUCCUAAAAGAAGGAGAGCGACAGGGGUGUCUGGCCGAAAAAAUCGUUUUCGAACGUUUGGAGAGCCUCAAACUUCUUACGCUUCCGGGGUUGUGGGUAACAUUUUUUCAUAACGCCUCAUACGCUGGGAAUUCUACCAGGAACGACAGGCUCGGGAGACUCAUGGUGAGGGAACACGACUUUGUAGCGUUCGUCAGAUAUCAAAAGAAAUUUAGCGUUAUACUUAUAGAAGUAAAAUCGACAAGCGAUGGAACUACCGUCGGAUACGAUUUGGAAAAAAACUGCGACGCCAAAAUAUUAAAAAACAAUAAGCGAUCGGCUCAGCAUCAACUGAGGGACCAUUUGGAAGUACUGCAAAAUAGUUUCGACGGCGACAUAGUGAAACAAAUACAAUGUUACAUAAUAUGGCCUUUUUUAGGAGAGUACACCAAAGAUCCCAGACAACAGAGAAUCAGACGUUGGGCCGACGAACCCGACCUGCACGUAUUCGAAAACUGCAUAUUGAACCAGGACAACUUCAACUGCUGGUUUUUAGAGAAAGUUUUAUGCGGAAAGAGCUGCGAAGAAGGUAUAUUUCUCGCUUUAUUAAAUAGAUACAUCAUACUAAGUUGCGGCGUUUUCAUGGACGAACUGGACGCCAACAUGUUGGCAUUGCUUACUCGGCAGCAGCUGAAACUUUUAAACUCCGAUAUCUGCAAACGUGGAGGGGUUUUAGUGGUCCACGGUUUGGCCGGUACCGGCAAAACGCUGUUGAUUUUGAAAAAACUGCAACUUUUACACGAAACCGGACAAUUGAACGAUGAAAACAGGGCCUUGUACAUCUGCUAUUGGCCUGGGAUCAGGUGUGAAGUUAUGGUCAAACUCAAGGCGUUGGGUAUCGAUAAGUACGUAGACACGGCCAGAAUUUUCGUAACUUCGGAAGAGUUCUUGAAGGGCAACUCGAAGAAAUACAAGCACGUCUUCAUGGACGAAUCCGAGGCGAUUUGCUUGGCAUUUAGCGCGGAUAUAGUGCACACCACCCUAAGCAGGAUUUACAGUUGUUAUCACGCCGCUAAUUGCAAGGACACGCGAUGCCCUUACGGCACGUUGGAGAAAAACUACCACAUCAACGAUCUCGUAAAUAAUCACCGUGAAGUGGAGUCUUGGGGCGAGCUUUGGUUCCUGGUCGACACGAACCAGGCCAUGAUGUUUCUCCCUAAGUAUUCGCCGGAAAUAUUGAAAACGCCUCAUAUUGUGUUGAAUAAAAUAAUGAGAUCGACGGAACAAAUCGCCAGACUUGUGCGUUUAGUAUCGCCGGGACCGCACCUUACAGAAACUCUCGGUUUUUCUCGAAUCGUCGAUAAAGAACCCCCGGUAUAUUGGGUUGAUCGUAAAGGUCGGAUUUGCGAAACUGUCUCCGACGUCAUAAUCGACUUGUUCGCGACCAAGGGUGUAAAACCGCAAGACUUGUGCGUCAUUCCGUUCUUGCAAAACGAUUUGCUCUCCCGGAAAGCAAUCAACGACGAGCUCACCCACAAAUUCGUAGAGAAAAGCUUCAAACCGGAAGCCACUAGCGACGUCGAACAGUUCCUGCUCACCGGCAAACCAAACGAGUUUCUAAUUGCUUGGGCGCUCCGCGUAAAGGGGUUGGAGUUUAAAGUGGUUAUAAUGGCCAUUGACGAGGACCAAUACGACAAAACCGAUCCGGAAGAUAGAAGAAAAGUUUACAUUAUAGCUUCAAGGAGUACCUGCAUGCUGAUCGUCAUCAGCGAUAAGGAAACUAGGGGCGAUAUCUGCCUCGAGUCCGCUUCUGAAACAUAUCCGUUCAAUCUGGUGUUAUAAAUUGCGAUGAGCCAAUGUGACAGACUUUGGCUCUCCGUUUCAUAACCAUAAAAUAUAAUCCUGACUGUAUAAUUUUGCGCACAGACUACAAAGCAAUUUCUUCACUUCUAUGGGCCAUAACCGCGAGGAUUUUUUGGCCACUAAAGAAUUCUGUUACCAUUCGUAUAAGAAACAAGCGCUCUUGAACACUACCAGCGCAUUUUGGCAGUGAAAACUUCGUUUUUUACAGAUUUUGUCAACUUAAAACUGU